GUCCGUCCACGGCAGUAGCGUUCUCUGCUUCCCGGACGCGGCUUUCAACGCAGCACCCACGGCGGCAACUUCAUCAUUCUGAGUCUUCUGUGGAUCAUAUCCAACACAUGCUGCUGUUUUGUGUACUUUUCGUCUGGUUGUGAAUGAGUGUCAGACCUGAGGCAUGGCUUCGUCCGUGAGCGGCGCAGAGGAGGUGCGGGUGUCGGCGCUCACGCCCCUCAAGUUGGUGGGACUGGUGUGCGUGUUUCUUGCCCUGUGCCUGGAUGUCGGGGCCGUGCUGAGCCCGUCGUGGGUUACUGCGGAUGACCAGUACUACCUGUCCCUGUGGACGUCCUGCUGGAAGCCCGUCAGCUCCGUGGAAUGGUCCUGCAACCGCACUCUGACCACCGACUGGCAGAUCGCCACACUGGCCCUACUGUUAGGGGGGGCCACACUCACCCUGCUCUCCUUCCUCGUGGCUCUGGUUUCCCUGUGCAUCGGAUCUAGGAGUCGCUGCUACAAACCUGUGGCUGUUAUGCUGUUCUCUGCAGUGGUGCUUCAGGUGUGCAGCUUGGUCCUGUUCCCCAUCAAGUUCAUCGAGACUGUCAGCCUGAGGGUGUACCACGAGUUCAACUGGGGCUACGGCCUGGCCUGGGGGUCCACCAUCUUCUCUUUCGGAGGUGCCAUCCUCUACUGCCUCAAUCCUAAGAAUUAUGAAGACUACUACUAAAAACAUAAAGAAGACAGAGAGCUGAAACAAAGACUCUCUACCAUACCAGUGUCCUCUCAAUAACAAAGACAAUGUACAUCCACAGACUAUCCAAACAGAAAAAUAAGAAAAAAUACAAUGGUUGUUAGUGUCACAACUGGGGUGUUCUCAUUUACUACUGUGAACCUCUUACCCGAAACACUACACUCACUCAUCGGACUUAAGCGCCUGUGCUCUUUUCCAGUGGCAAAGUUUUGGCAGCACAUUCAGCUGUGAAAUAGAAACCCAAAAAAACAACUCUUUUAAUGUGGAAGAGAGCAUGCCCAGGCUCAGAUCAGUCUGUGUUUCCUUUAAGUAGAACUCCAGUAGGUCUAAGAAAUGGCAGAAAAUCUGGAGGGAACAGAUGGAGCCACUGAUCCCAUGCCAGGAUGAACUGGACUAAUUCACCAAUCACAGCAGAGCGAUUUUAACCCAGACCAAUCUGAGAAUGAACAACAGAUCCAGGAAAGAAAAUAUGCUAUUGAAGUGAUAUCCUGAGGAUGACAAAGACCGGGCACAAGUAGGGGAAUGGCGCUACCCAGCAUCUCCCCAGAGUGGCACUACAUCUGGAAUGAGGCCUUUUCCUUUGUCUAGAUACAAUGAUACUCCAGUGACUGUGUUUUCUCAUGCCCUAUUUCAGUCUAUUAAAGAGAGUUGGAAAAGCUGAUCAACAGGAGCCACCGACCACAGUCAGAACAUUCCACAGCCUUCUCCCAAAUGAAAUCACACUGGUGAGAGGAACACUGCUCAGUUAGUCACACACAUACAGCAACCAAACCUUUGGAACCAUAUGCAAACCUGCAGCAUAACCAAGGUUAGGCCUUUUUGAUACAUUUCAUGUAUUAUAUGUAAGUGUAAUUAAACUCAUUCUACACAAUGACUGAAAGAAGGAUGGCAAAUGAACAUGCACGCAUGACCCUGCAUGCCCUCACACGCCUCCCCAUGUGAUGCCUCCUAAUCUUCACACUCUGCAGGAAAUAGAAACAUCAUCAGUAGUGCAGGCCACAUCAACAAUAUGUUGGUUUCUUUCCCACAGAUAAAGACUAUAACUGAACUUUAAUGUAGUCACUGAAAGGUCAAAUAUACUUAGCUGAAAGAAUAAAGUAUUUAGUAAAUCUGCUGUG